CCUUUUUCUCCCCCACUCAACUUUUCUUCCCUGAUCUUUCUCCGGCUAAUCAGUGUGCCUGGUGAAAGAAGGGGGAAAAAUUCUGCGUUCUUUCGUUUCAUUUCCCCCACACGGUAGCAAUUGCCCUGGUCGAGGAGAAAUGGGGAGUGUUUCGUCGGAGGACGACGGCGAGAGGUUCGAGCUCGACGGGUACAGCUUGAGCGCCGACGUCAGCGAGUCGGAGAGCAGUUCUAGCUGCGUCUCGUCGUCUUCGUUCCGGCAUUUCGACGGCGGUGACUGCGGUGGAGGAGGAGGUGGAAGAGAUUCCACUUCUCUCCUCACGUCGCCUUGUUCGCUCGCUCCACCAUUCCGUGACGCGCCUGAGUUGGACGACGAGGUGUACGCGCCGCCGGUUACUCUGAUGCCGCCGGUGAUCGACGGGAGGCACGUGUUGAUUCCGACGAAGAAGGCAGAGAAACCGGAGUCGGAAUUGUCCGGUUAGUCUUCUUCCCUGAGUUCUCUGUUUUUGGCGCCGGUUUUUGGAGGGAGACCUAACGGCUUUGCUUCUUUUGGGUUUUUUCGUUCGGUACAUUGUGAGAAUUGUGAAUUCUUUUUCUGGUUAGAAACCUCUUAGCGUGAACUAUGUGUGAUCAUUGAGCUAGGCGUUACUAAGUCUUCUUUUUCCUUUGAUUAGCUCCUGUUUGGUCUCUCAGGAAUUUAAGCGAACAGGUGGAGGACAAUUAUUUUGCGCUAACGACUGUAAUUAGUGCAGAUAGUUCGUGGUUGAACUAGAAACCUUUUAGUCUGCUCUCAUGAUGCUGUUAUGAAUUCUGCUUUCGCAGAAACUGAACUAAUGAAAGAGAGAUUCGCCAAGCUUCUGCUUGGAGAAGACAUGUCAGGUGGAGGAAAUGGAGUUUCCACUGCUCUGGCAAUAUCCAAUGCCAUAACUAAUCUCUCUGCUUCUGUAUUUAGCCAACUGUGGAAGUUGCAACCAUUAUCACCUCAAAAGAAGGCAAUCUGGUACCGAGAGAUGGAGUGGUUUUUAUGUAUAAGCGAUUCCAUUGUAGAGCUAGUUCCAUCGGUCCAGAACUUCCCUGGUGGGGGAACCUUCGAGAUCAUGGUACCACAGCCACGGUCAGACCUUUUUGUCAAUGUCCCAGCUCUAAAGAAGAUCGAUGCCAUGCUGCUCAAUAUUCUAGAUGGGUUCUCUAAUUCAGAAUUCUGUUACGUGGAGCGUGGAAUUGUAGUCUCUGGAGAUGAUGACACCAAGAACUUCAUGUUGUCAUUGACUUCUGGGUCUGAGACAUCGUCGGUGAGGCUGGAAGAGAAAUGGUGGCUGCCGUUUCCUAAAGUUCCUCAAAAGGGAUUGUCUGAGAAUGCAAGGAAGAAGUUGCAGCAGUGUAGGGAAUGCACUAAUCAGAUUCUUAAAGCUGCCAUGGCUAUUAACAGCAAUGUGCUUGCUGAGAUGGAAAUCCCAGAUACUUACUUGGACAGCCUACCCAAGAGCGCGAAAUCUUGUUUAGGAGAGACGUUACAUGGUUACCUAGCUGCUGACAAGUUCUCUCCUGAUGGCUUCAUGGAUCGCUUAGAUUCAUCCUCGGAAUUCACCAGUCUGGAAGUAGCUAACCAGAUUGAAGCUGCUGCUCAUAUAUGGAACCAGAAAUACAUCAGAAAGUACAUGCCUGGCGGAGGGAGGUCGACAACAUCAUCGUCAUCAUGGGGUGGCAAAAAACUUAAAAGCUCAGCUGCCGAGAUUCCCAAAUGCAAGAUUCUGGCAAAAAGAGCCGAGAAUGUCUUGCACAGUUUACGCAUUCGGUUCCCUGGCCUUCCACAGACCUCCUUAGACAUGAGCAAGAUUCAACAUAACAGGGAUGUAGGGCGUGCCAUCAUCGAGAGCUACUCAAGGGUAAUGGAGAGCCUAGCAUUCAACAUCGUAGCGAGAAUCGAAGACCUCCUAUAUGUCGACGACGCCACAAAGCAACGUGCAGCAGCAGAGUCUCUGUACACAGCACAAGGCAGGCUGAGCUGUUCAUUUGCCAAACAAAGGUGGAUAUCCCCCACAGCUCCUUUCUCUUUCGACCAUUCCGGUGAGUUAGUCAGUUAUCAUCAUGACAGCGGAACCAUUCCGCAGUCUCCAAGGAAUAGCCAUAGUAGGGAAAGGGAGCCUCUAGAUCAAGCUCUAGAGAAGCUGACUUUCUAAGAAAAUGGCCCUAACUCCCAUUCCCUCGAGCACAUGGGUAGAUUGACAGAGUUCAUAGAUCUGUACAUAUGAACGAUUGACGUUUUUAGCAGUUGAAAAAUUGGGAGUCGGUUGGUUAUUUAGGGGCAGGGAGGCAUGGCAGUGGCUUUGGGAAGUCGUACGCUGUAUUUAUAGGAAUAGGUAGUCGAUUGAGGGUCUGUCUUCAUUCUAAUUGCUAGAGUUGAUUAGCUGUGUGGGUUCGUUCUAGAUUCGUAGGAGCUGAAAGGUACUGAAGUUGUAAUGACCAUAGAGAUGGGUGAGCGUCAAGUUUCUCUCUUUGUCGCUGUACCUAUCAGCAGUAGAAAGCAGUGGACCACCAGAAUAAGUAUCCCGGAUUCCAAACAGAUGUAUGCAGAUUGCAGAGGAAGAGAGCUGUAAAAUUGAGAAUAUUUAUGGUUGUUAAGUUUUCAGUAAAUCAGGGGUGAAGUUUGCUUAGCUGUAAAAUUAAUUGCUUGAAUGAAUUUCGUGUUGUACGAGUUU